AUGGCCAUCAAGGAAGCGUACAUGAUAGAUAGAGUUGACUGGCAAGGAGACCCAUGUUUUCCACUUUCUACGUGGACUGGUUUGCAGUGCAACAAUGACAAUCCUCCAAGGAUCAUCUCUCUGAAUCUAAGUUCAAGUCAAUUAUCAGGGAAUAUAGCUGUUUCACUCUUGAACCUCAGAGCAAUCCAAUCCUUGGAUUUAUCAAACAAUGAAUUGACAGGGGCAGUGCCAGCAGCUUUUGCGCCGCUGCCAAAUCUUACGAUCCUAUAUUUGAGUAGGAAUAAACUCACAGGUGCAGUUCCCUAUAGUCUCAAGGAAAAGUCUAACAAUGGACAGUUACAGCUGAGAAACUUGGUGUCCCUCGUUGGUUAUUGUAAUGAGCAAGAAAAUAUGGCACUUGUUUAUGAAUACAUGGCAAAUGGGAACUUGAAGGAUCAAUUUUUAGAAAAUAGCACAAAUAUGUUGAAUUGGAGGGCAAGGCUGCAAAUUGCAGUAGACGCAGCACAAGGUUUGGAAUAUCUGCAUAAUGGUUGCAGGCCGCCAAUAGUCCAUAGAGAUUUGAAAUCAUCCAACAUCUUAUUAACUGAAAACCUUCAAGCCAAGAUUGCUGAUUUCGGGCUGUCCAAAGCCUUCGCAACCGAAGGAGACUCGCAUGUCAUAACUGAUCCUGCAGGCACGCCCGGAUACAUUGAUCCUGAGUACGUAUUCAAACUUAAUGUUAAUAUUCUCUCACAGUGUUUGUUCUCCUAG